AUGGCUGCUGAGAUGAAGAAACACUUACGUGAGCUUCUUGAAGAUGACCAAGAACCUUUUCAUCUUAACCAUUACAUCGCCGACCUACGGUCUCAGAUGGGUCACACCGAUCUGCGUAUCAAGAAACGACAUUCCGAAAACGCAACCGUUCUACCUCCUGGUUUAUUCUCAUGCGAGAGCUCUUGUUUCUUGGCGACUCAUACCAAAUCUCCUCUCUAUGAACUCCGGUCGCCGGGGAAGAAAAAUUCUAGUGACGGUCGAGUUUUCCUUCAUAUUCCGGCUAGAACCGCCGCAAUUCUACUAGAAGCGGCGGCAAGGAUACAUAAGAAACAGUCUAAGAAGGCUAAUAAGACUAACAACAGAGCUCGGAACAGAGGAAGCGCGUUUGGGAUAUUCGGGUCCGUUUUGAAGCGGUUGACUAACGGUAAAGCAAAACCAAGUUUGGAUAACGCUGAUGAUGCAAACGCGGUUCUGCCGGAAACGAUGAGCAGCAGCCGGCGAGAGUGUUUUGUGGAGAUUGGUGAUAAGUGUUUUUGUGAGAGCCCUUUUCAUUUCGUGCUCCAUGCAACUCUUUCUACUUCCGGUAACCAGACUCCCCACUUCUCGUCGACGGCUACCUCUCCGGCGCAAUGUAGUUCAGAGGAUGAAGAUAGCGAUGAGACAGAGAGCUUAGAUAAGAAAGUGAGAGGACAAGAAGCAGUAGAUAAAGAAGAGGAAGACAAGGAACAAUGUAGCCCUGUUUCUGUACUUGACCCUCUUGAGGAAGAAGAGGACCACCACCAGCGAGAGCCUGACCAUCUCAAUCUCCUCCCGUGCGGCUUUGAAGUUGUACAACGGAAGAAGAAACGACUUCUCAAGAAGCUUUGUAGAUUUGAGAAGUUGGCAGAGAUGGGUCCGUUAGACCUCGAAGGGAAGAUUUCAGAAGAACAAGAAGAUGAUUAUGAGGAGAGCGUGGAAGACGAUAACAUGAGGGUUUAUGAUAUUGAUGAAGAAUAUGAGGACGUGGAUGAAGCCAUGACACGAGAGAGCGGAGGGGUGGAAGAAGAGAUGAGGAAGAAAAAUGGGAGGAUGAUGAAUGCAUGGAGGGUAGGAAUGGGUGCGGAGGAAGCCGCGGAGGCGGUGGUGCAGAAAGAUAUCAGAGGGGAGGCCGGAGAAUGGACAAGACAUGGUGAAGAAGUGGAGGAGGCCGUGUCAGAAAUCGAGCUCUCUAUCUUCAUCUUCUUGAUUGAUGAAUUUUCCCACGAACUUAUCUCCGUGAACAAAUAAUGAAGUUUACUAGAGACAGGAAAUUUACUAGAUUUCUAGAUAUCUUUGACUUGGUUAACGGAUAUUAACAUCCAUAAGCUAGUCCUAGAUUUUCUUCAUUUCUUGUCGCUUAGAACGCUUCUAAGUUCUAAAUAGUGUCACAAUGUGAAUAUUCCU